AUGACUCUUAAAAUGAUAAUCGAUACAUUGCGUCUUCGUCUAGGAUAUAUUCUUCAAUUUACUAAAGAGGAAGCCGAUGAUAUUUUGGAACAACUCGAAAAACAAAUUUGUUAUUUACCUCCUAAAGCGUGUCUAGUAUGGGGGAAGUAUCCCAUUCCAAGAACUAUUACCAGUUACGGUGAUCCUGGUCUCACCUAUCAAUUUGCAGGAGGUACAUUUAAAGCAAUACCUUGGAUUCCUAUUUUAGAACAAAUAGCUAACAUUGCAAAUCAAUUCCUCUCUAAAAAUGAGCGCUUCAAUUAUGUUUUAAUUAAUAGAUAUGCGGACGGAAGAGAUUGGAUUGGAUCUCAUCAAGAUAAUGAGCCAGAUAUUUGUCCUCAUACACCAAUUAUAAUCUUUUCUUUUGGUGCUCAACGGGAAUUGGUAUUUAAACGAAUUCAAUAUAACUGUAAAGAUCAACCCCAAACCUUUAAAAUAACUUUAGAACAUGGAAGUAUUUUAAUCAUGUACCCUCCAACAAACGAGUAUUAUACACAUAAAUUACCUAAACGAUUGAGGUGUAAAGAUGUACGAAUCAGUUUAACAUUCCGAAAGAUUAGAAAUAAAGAUGGCUGA